AUCAAAUUAGCUACCACUAGCUACUGGAUAACAACGCUUUUCCACCACUAUGAUGCCUCAGAGAGUACUCAGCCUUGCAAAAAGCGUUGAACAACACUGUUACGAUGACGAUGACGGUCUCCACGACUCGCUAAAAGAGAGCUUAGCACAGACUACCUCAGUCGGCGACUAUACGCUGUUGAUCAUGUCCCCAGUUGUAAGAUAUCAACCCGCACUUAGGGGGUGGAGCAUAUCUUAUAAUACUCCCUUGCCUGCUUGACUGCAAAUCUCUUCACUCAUGCAGUUAUUCUAUCUUGUCCUUCUCCUCUAGUCGACAUAGUUGCAGUCGUUACCAUGAAGGUCACCGCAGCACUCGCCUUUGCCCUUCCGGCAGUCACAUCCGCCUUCCCGGCCAUGAUGGGUGCUUCGUCAAGGGCUGAUCUGGAAAACGCUUUGAGGGAACAACUCAAGCGUGAAGCUGCUGCUGAGCCUGAUCCUCAGCUUGGGCUAUUGACAGGUGUUGGUAACACGAUCAAGGCCCUGGGUGACACCGUUGGCGGACUGCUCAACUCCGUUGGUAAUGCCCUUGUUGUUGCAAACAACAAGCGCCCUGAACCUGGCUACACUUUCCAGGCACCUGGCCCCGGCGACUCUCGAGGUCCAUGCCCUGGUCUGAACUUGCUUGCCAACUACGGCUACCUGCCCCGUAACGGUUACGUCAACUUCGGUCAGAUUCUGGAUGCCACAUCCAGAGGUUUCAACAUGGGUACGGACCUUGCAACGGUUCUUGCCACCUUCGCUGUGCUGGCGAACGGUGAUAUCGACACACAGUCUUUCUACCUGGGAGCAGGCAAGAACGGUGUUGGUGGUCUCAACAGACACUCCACUGUCGAGGCUGAUGUCUCCCCCACUCGUGAGGAUUACUACAACGGCUGCGGAGACAACCACCACUUGUCUUCCCGUCUCGUUAAGCAACUGGUGAAGUACGCCGACCAGGAUCCCAAGAAGGAGUUUUCCAUGAACGUCAUGGCCAGCACGUACGCCGAGAGUGCUGGUUUCUCCAAGAACAACAACCCCUAUCUCUACUACUUCCCCUUCCCCCAGAUCGUUUCUCUGGGCGCUUUCGCCUUCUACCCUCAGUUCUUCUCCAACGGUACCUACGGUGCCGGCGGUGUGGCCAAUGCUGAAUCUAUCCUGAGCAUCAUCGGCGCGAAGUUCGACAAGAACACUGGUGAGUUCCAAUACGUUCCCGAGCAGUGGCCUGAGAACUGGUAUCGCCGCGCCACUCCCUAUGGUGCCGUGCAGGCCCUCACUGACGGCUUCCUCAACAUCUACCCCCGCAACAUCAUUGUGCCCGGUGUUUCCCAGGUCGGCACCCCCAACUUCAGUGUUCAGACUCUCCUCUGCGACAUCUACCAGGGCAUCAACUCCAUCACCCCUCUCGCAAUCGGUGGCACCGAGGAGCAGGUUGCUAAGGGCCUCAGCUGGGCUUUGAGUGUUCUUGACCCUGUGCUGGGCGGAACUGCUCUUGGUUGCCCUAACAACGUUGUCUCGCCCAACUUCUUGUACCCUCAGUCUGCGAAGUCGGGUGGACCGACUACUCCUCCUCCUGUUAAGGCUGAUGGCAACACUGGCGACAAUGUUUAUAACAACUUUUACUUCAAGACUGCUCCUACCAACCCGUCUUGCAAGGCUUGA